CCGUUGUCCAGGAAGCGGGAGCGCGGGGCUGACGCAACUGUUUAGCUCGGCGGGGCACUUUCAUAUCUGUUAGUGUCGUAGCCAAAGUCCCAGCCAAGCACUAACACCCAGCUCUCAAGCCCGGUUUUCGACUUGCGGAGCUCCUCAUAAAGCUUCGAGUCUGAUCCAGCCAAAUCGACCCACACAGGAGGAACAGCUGCCGGAGACCAGGUUCGAGUUAUCAAGCUUUUUGGACGCCGUUUUGCAGACCGAACCAUCCUCGACCAAGGCCACAGGCUCAUUGAAUGAACAUGGCCGACAUGCAAGCCAAACUACAAACCCUCUCAGAGGAGUUUACCAAGUUGCAACAAGACCUUCAGGACAUUGUUCAAUCAAGACAGAAACUUGAGGCUCAAAGACAGGAGAAUCUUGGAGUACAGAAAGAAUUUGGCAAGCUGAAGGAUGGCGAGACCAUCUACAAACUCAUCGGCCCCGUGCUACUCAAGCAAGAGAAGACAGACGCAGAGAGCACCGUAAGCGGGCGGCUAGAGUUCAUCAACAAGGAAAUCUCAGCGCCAGCAGCGCUCAGGCGGCGGAAGAACAAUGCCAUCCCCGCCACAGCCUGCACAUACAGACAUGAUUUGUCGUGGUCGUCAAGACCGGCGAUGAUGCGCACUGACUUCUCGGUGACGAAGGCGACAGAGGCGGUGUCGAAUAUGGUACUCAGGAUCCGGUCUAAGGCGGAUGGGUCUUCAAGGACAUUCUGGGGGUCAUGGAGGUUGAAGAUGCUCUUGAUCCGGGUGAAACACUGGCUGAGGAGGCUGAACAGACAGGUCUCGGCUGGGAUGGAGAGUCGACCCAUAUCGAGACUCAGGAAGUCCAUGGAUGCCUCGAUGCUUGCUACGCAGGGUUAG